AAAGCGGGCUACGGGCCGCUCCUUUUCUUAACUCUCCUCCACGAGUUUCCGCGCUCCCAAACCAGGUUCUGUUUGCCCGGCACUGAAUUGCAAGGCCGGGCCCUCAGUUGUUCCCCGAGGGAUACCGGAGCCGUGCUAGCGGUGCCAAGGGUCCGCCGAGGAAGGAAACAUGCUGGCACGUGGGUAAUUGGGCAAGUCUGGACUUGCAGGUACAGUCUGGAGCCAUCGCUCAGCCUCCCACUCCCAGCAGAUGGGGUUUCAGCUGAGCGCUUUCUCCGGGAAGCAGACGGCCCAGAUAUUUUGAUCCCUGCAAAGGCAGACUUUGGAAUGAGCCCCGCGCUACCCUGCCUGCCUGCCAAAGAGUGGUCCGAGGUACUGCUCUAAACCCAAUGGAAUGCCAAGAGAGUGAGUAUCUGGAUGAACACAGGAAGUGUGUUCCCUGUAGGGAGUGUGGCCCCGGACUGGAACUUUCCAAGGAGUGUGGCUAUGGCGAAGGAAGAGAUGCACUGUGCUCUGCUUGCCCUCCCAGGAGGUUUAAGGACAGCUGGGGGCAUCAUGGUUGCAAACCUUGUGUUUCCUGCCUCCUCAUUAACCGAGUCCAGAAAUCCAACUGCACUGCCACUUCUAAUGGAGACUGUGGGGAAUGUCUGCCAGGGUUUUACAGGAAAACCCGGAUUGGCGGGCUGCAGGAUCUGGAAUGCAUCCCCUGCACAAAGCAGACCCCUUCCUCUGAGCCUCAAUGCAGCUCCAGGACUGCCCUGGUGCCCUCCCAAAAUGCCACCUUCCUAGCGCUAACCAGCAGUGUACCGGUCAUCAUUGUGUUGGUGCUGCUGGCACUCGCCAUCAUCUUCGGCAAGCGCUUCUGGAAGAGCCAGUGUCAGCGAGUAUUUCUGAAGACUCAUAAUUUCUCGGCUCAGAGGGUGAUGUUCCAGGCCUCAGCCAUGCCAAGCAGAUUUCCCUGUGACGAACAGAUGUCUAGUCCCUGCUGCUUGGGUGUGGAGAACCUGAGCCCUUGCUCCAGACAAGCAGAAGGUCCUGUUGAGCCAGUUCAGUUCAUUUCGGAUGGUGAAGCCAUAGGCCUGCACAUCCCUGCUCUCCAGCCCAAUGCGCAGGUGAUAGCCGUCAGCUCCAGUCCUAAAUUCCAGCUGGCAAGGAGCAUCUUGGAGACCCAACCCCUGAUAAGAAACUCAGAGAGCAGCGACUGUUCUGCAGGUGGCUGUUCAUCCUCAGAUGCCCGGCAUGACCCAGCUGGAUUCACAGAGGCCCCGACUCCUCUCUCAUCAUGUGCCUCCGAGAUGCAGCCCAAGUGGCCCCAUGCCCCAGUGGAGUGCACCGAGCUAGACCUGCAGAGAUUCUCCACCCAAGUUGAGUUCCCAGGUACCAAAACCCAGGAGGAUGUGGAGAAGCAGGCGGCUCAGAGACACACAGAUGAGCUAACCCUUGAAGUGCCUGUGAGCGGUGCCCCUGAGAUAACACAAAGUGAACUUGUUCUGCAAGCUGCAAGGGGAUCAUUGUCAUCCUUCCAAAAUCCCGUUGCUGAAAGUGGGGAACAGGCUGUAAGUUCUUCCCAUCUUGUCCCCCUCUGUGUAAGAACAACAGCUACUAUGGGCCUCGCACAGGGAGAGGGGAUAGCAGAGAGGCUCAGGGCACAAACCCUUUUACCCCUGAACAGAUUCAGACCCAGAACUGGCUGGUAGUGACCAAAAGACAUCACCGCCUGCUACUCAGUGACCUGUGUGAUAUGAAUGUGGUGGGGACAGAGCCCAGUUCCCAUUGGUUGGGAAGCAUCCACCACUUCCACAGGCAUUGAGAGCCCGAGGAAAUCUACCAGUUGUGGUGCUUUUAUUGUGUGCAAGUAACUGCUCUAAGACUCACCAUCUUGUUUCCUGUGGUUCACCAAAAUGCAAAACUCAGUCACUACCUACCUGGGCCUGGCAAAAUGGCUAAGUCCAAGUACAUUCUUAACUCAGCAGAAUCUGUGCACUUACCCACAGAGCCAUACAUCACCCAUUAUCAUCUGUGCAUGUUUGCCAGGAUGGAAAGCUGAGCUGAGCAGUGAUGUAGCUAGAAGGGCCCACUUG